GACAUUCCUCUUGCAUCAAUUCAUAAAAAAAAUAAUUUACAACUGCAAGAUAGUAAAGUAAAAAGAAGAAGGUGCCAAGUUACAAUGGAUAUUUUCCUUUUCGAUAUUGAAAUCCGCAUAGAAAAUUUUUCUUUUACUUCUUCUGGAAGCUCAGAAAUAAUAUUUGAUUUGGACAAAAGUAUUCAGAGGAGUGAAGAAGAUUGUUUCGUUUCCAGCCCUUAUUCAGAAAAACGAAGUUCAAAUAAUACAAAUAUAUUAUGUUCGGAAGAUAAAUGCAACGAUUGCUCUGAAUCGACUUCAAUUGAAGCAAUAAUUGAAGUCAAAAAUCGAAAAGGUGAAGAGACAAAAUGCGGUCUUUCUAAAACUGAAUUACGAGUUGCUGUACUGAAGCCAGAAAGACAUCUGUAUGUUGGAUUGACACAAACAUUUAUAUUAAUUUUAAGGAAUAUAUCAAGUCAAAAAAUGAUAUUUGAAUGGGGAGAAGUUUCUGGAGAAGAUAAAAGUAAAUUAAAAAUUUCGAUUGAUCCAAUGACGGGUUCAAUUUAUGCAGGCAAUACAGAAAUAAUACAAGUUUCUUGUGAACCGGUAGAACCUGGAAUUGUUUCAUCUUUUUAUGUGCCCUGCUCUUCUGAAAAAAUGGAAAAUUCAAUAACUUUGAAAAUAGAAUGUAUUAUCCAACAAUUGAGUGUGUCAUUUUUCUUUUCAUUGUGGAAUAUCAAAGCUUGGUUACCCAGUGAAGAAUUAAUUUUGAUUGAAUGGAAUACUACGAGUGAUAAGGCCAAACCUGAUAGAAAAUUAGUACGAUAUAGAGAUAUUUUACCCAAUGAAAAGGAAGAACAAUCUUUGUUCUCAGAAGAAUUAGAAUUAUCUGAAAGGGAAUUUGAAGAAGAUUCUUUAGAAGCAAUUACAUCGAAUUUCUCAGAUGAAUCACUUUGUCACAAUAAGUCACGAAUAUUGAUUCCUUUUCAACAAAAAAAAUGCUUGCCUACAAAAGAACCAGUUAUAGAGUUCCGUAAACUCUCAACCAAAUUUGCUGAGAAGAGAAUUUUUUUUAUUCGCAAUGAUACAGCAUUGACUUCUAAUUUUUCUGUAAGCUUGAAAAAUUUUUAUCCCGUUGAAAUUGAUAAUGGAGAAUUAAGAGAUGAAAAUUGGGAUGAAAUUAAGUCUGAAUAUGGAGUUGUUCUUAUCCCAAAACCUUUUAGUGGAGAACUAGGUCCUUUCGAAAUAAAAACUAUUGAGAUUUACGCUUAUUCUGAUACUUGGGGAGAUUAUGAGGACGAAAUUAGUAUAAAUAUUGACGGUCUGCCAAGCUUUCAAAUUCGAGUUCAAGUUGAAGUUCAAUAUUUGCCAGUCUCGUAUCCUGUUUGCAGAAAUUUAGUUAGAAAAACACCAUUAUUGAAAUUCAUGAAACACGAUUUAUCUUCAAAAACCAGAACCCUAUCAGUAGAAAAUACAAGUUCUAUACCAAUAAUUAUCCAUUGGUAUUCAUUUUUUAAGGAGGACGACCAAAUUUCAAACCCCAUGCCAUUUAAAAUAAUGGUGGAUAUUUUUACACCAUUCUUGGCUUUUGACUUAUCAAAAAAGAGUGAUUGCGAAACAGAUAAGGACAUUGAGAAAAUACUCGAAAGUUCUUUAGAAAAAUAUGAAUCGAAUCAAAGCUUUAGGGAACUCGAUUGUUUCGAUUCAAUGAUAUUAACUCCAAGCUCUGAUAGUAACAAAAGGUUGAUUUAA